GUAUGAGUUUCCUCACGGCACCAUUUUGCGGGACACUUUUUGCAGAAAGAAGCCGCGGAUUUGAUUAUUUGAUUUUACGCAGCUAGCAAGCUAGUACGAACUGUUUUGUUCAUAGUUUUGUACACUGCGUUCUUCUCUCUUAGAAUGACACAUUUUUAAAAGUCAGAGCAAUAAAAAGGAAAAUCAAAAAUGAAUCUCGACAGACUCCGAAAGCGAGUUCGGGCGUACAUUGAUCAGCAACAGUAUCAAAGUGCUCUGUUUUGGGCCGACAAGAUAGCGUCCCUGUCUCACGAGGAUCCCCAGGAUAUCUACUGGCUAGCUCAGUGCCUUUACUUGACCUCACAGUACCACAGAGCCUCCCAUGCCCUCCGAUCUCGAAAACUUGACAAGUUGUACGGAGCUUGUCAGUAUCUUGCCGCUAGAUGCCAUUAUGCUGCCAAAGAGUUCCAGCAGGCCUUGGAUAUCCUGGACGCAGAGGAGCUGGCUAGUAAGAGGCUGCUGGACAGGAGCGUGAAAGAGGGCAGCGGGACACCAGAGUCAGCCAAGGACUGGGACAUGUCCCCUGCCUCUAUCAGCAGCUCCAUCAGCCUCCUGCGGGGUAAAAUCUAUGAUGCCAUGGACAACAGACCACUGGCCACCUCCAGCUACAAAGAGGCCUUGAAACUGGAUGUGUACUGCUUUGAAGCCUUUGACCUUUUAACGUCCCACCACAUGUUGACCGCUCAGGAAGAGAAAGACUUCCUUGACUCACUUCCUCUGAGUCAACAAUGCACUGAGGAAGAGGAGGAGCUGUUACACUUCCUAUUUGAGAAUAAGUUAAAGAAGUAUAACAAGCCCAGUGAUCUGGUGGUGCCAGAGAUGGUCAAUGGUCUUCAGGACAACUUGGAUGUAGUGGUGUCUCUUGCUGAGAGGCAUUAUUAUAACUGUGAUUUCAAGAUGUGCUACAAACUCACAUCAACGGUGAUGGUUAAAGACCCGUUCCAUGCCAACUGUUUACCAGUCCACAUAGGAACACUUGUGGAGCUUGGAAAAUCAAAUGAGUUGUUUUACCUCUCACACAAACUUGUAGACUUGUAUCCCAACAACCCAGUAUCCUGGUUUGCUGUCGGGUGCUACUAUCUCAUGGUCGGCCAUAAAAACGAACAUGCUCGCCGGUACCUCAGUAAAGCCACCACGCUGGAGAGGACGUAUGGUCCUGCUUGGAUCGCCUAUGGCCAUUCAUUUGCAGUAGAGAGUGAGCAUGACCAAGCCAUGGCCGCCUACUUCACUGCUGCACAGCUGAUGAAAGGGUGUCACCUACCCAUGCUUUACAUUGGCCUGGAGUACGGUCUGACCAACAACUCCAAGCUGGCGGAGCGUUUCUUCAGCCAGGCUCUCAGUAUCGCUCCUGAGGACCCGUUCGUCAUACACGAGGUGGCAGUGGUUGCCUUUCAGAAUGGAGACUGGAAGACAGCAGAGAGGUUGUUUCUUGAUGCGAUGGAGAAGAUCAAGGCCAUAGGGAAUGAGGUCACUGUGGACAAAUGGGAGCCUCUGUUAAACAACUUGGGUCAUGUGUGUCGGAAAUUGAAAAAGUACGAGCGGGCGCUGGAGUACCACCGCCAGGCGCUGGUGUUAAUCCCUCAGCACGCCUCCACCUACUCUGCCAUAGGAUACGUGCACAGCCUUAUGGGAGACUUCGAGAGCGCUAUCGACUACUUUCAUACGGCACUUGGACUGAAAAGGGACGACACUUUCUCUGUGACGAUGCUCGGCCACUGUAUUGAGAUGUACAUUGGUGACACAGAUGCCUAUUUAGGCACAGACAUCAAUGACAAGGUGCGAUGCAACUUGAACUUUACAGCGCUGAUGCUGAACACGUCGGAGUCCGGUGAUAACCUCGCUACUCCGAGAUCAGAAGGACCCAGCAUCAUGUCCUUGGAAACGCCACUGUCAAAUCAGGACAAGAUGAUGCUGGAGACACCGCUGCGACUCUCUUUAACCCUCGAGUGCGACAUGUACGAGAGCGACGUGAUGUUAGAAACAUUGUCAGACACCAGCACGUGAUCUCAUCCUGCCAGGAGGAGCUGUUUUAGCAACAGGUUGUUAUAGGUACACAUUCAAACCCAAGGACAACUAUCAAAUGUAAACUUUGGCGCCUGUCCUCCACCAAAGGUUUCCUGUGGAUUCCCCCUCUUGUGCAUUAAAUAUGGUGAUAAAAACAGAUAGAACAUCCCUAUGUGAACAUAAUGGGAAUGAGUAAAAGUAGCUGAAUUGUUAUACAGCACCUGCUGUAGAUCAUAAUACAUUUGCUAGAAUGCACUUUAAAGGGGGAUUAACAUGUGCCUUGGUUACGGGGUUGAGUGAAGACUGAAGACACUGGGAACAUGUGGCCCUCUGACACUUGAUUGAAAAAAGCAAACACAGCCAAACUCCUCACAUCGAAUCUAAAAGACUAAAAGUCACUUAUUACUGCCUAUGGCAGGACCCUCCAUGUUGCUUAACCUGUGGAUUUCCAAGUUGAAUAAAGAGCCAGCUGAAAACAAGUAGUUUUUGGUGAAAACGA